CUUUAGAUUAACUUGUACUAGAAAUGGUCUAAAUUGGAAAAUCAUUUCCGGAGAUGGUGAAUAUUUUAAUUUUGUACUAGUAUUAUGUUAGUAUUUAUUUAUUACUACCACUUUCUUUUUGGGCUAUAAGUCAUAAAGGAUGAUUUUAGAGGGAUAGUUACGUAAACGGUAAAACGUUUUGGUCUAAUAUUAGAAUUUAGUAAAAGUAUGAGGCCUUCGGAUGAAAGUUUCCAAUUUAGUAAAUGAAAAAGUGGUCACCACGUAUAAAAGGCAGGUCUCGUCGGAGUUUUCAUGCCUCUGCGAUCUCGCAAUUUAGGGCCGAUUCUCCUCGCAAAAGGCAUUCGAGGUCUCCUUCGCCAUGGGAAGAAAAGUCACGUUCUCCAUUGCCCUCUAGGUCUAGAUCAAGAUCUAGGUCUAGAUCAUUUCCGAAGCCCAAGGACAGGUCAAGAUCUAGGUCCAGGUCCAGGUCCAGGUCCCACUCUAGAACGCGUGGAAGGUCUGAUGAUCCUCAUAAUCCUGGGAAUACACUUUAUGUGACUGGACUUUCCACAAGGGUUACGGAGAGAGAUCUUGAAGAUCAUUUCUCAAAGGAAGGGAAGGUUAAAUCAUGUUUUCUGGUUGUUGAACCACGUUCCCGUGUUUCGCGUGGUUUUGCAUUUAUAACAAUGGACACCCCAGAGGAUGCUAACCGCUGCAUCAAACGUCUGAAUCAGUCUGUUCUUGAAGGGCGAUACAUAACUGUGGAGAAGUCUAGGAGGAAACGCGCAAGGACUCCAACACCUGGUCACUAUCUUGGGCUGAAAAGCAGCAGGGGCGAAGGUGAAGAAUUGUCUUUUUGUGUUAUCGUGGUGAUCGUGGAGAUCGUGGAAGAUACCGUGGAGGUUCAGGCUAUGACGACUAUGGGUACCGAAGGUCCCCUAGGCGCUCCCCUUAUCGGGGAAGUGGGCGUGAUUACUCUCCUAGGCGGUCGCCAUAUGGUGGAAGGUCAAGGAGGGAUCGGUCCAGGUCCUAUUCUCCAUAUCGAGGCUCUAGGUGAAACUAGUUUACAGAGGUGGAGCAUGGUCUGGACAGGAAUGUGA